GACAAUAUUUCACAGGACAAUGUUUUAGAAUCCAGCAUUGAACCAGGAGCAUCAAGUAGUCAUAGUGCAAUCACUGAAUGCCAUGCAGUUAUUGAGAGUAGAAAAGCCAAAUUAGCCUCAGAUUCAAAAAUAUUUGAAAUAUUAAUAAAAAUUAUUAAUGAUAAUAUCGAAAACGACAAGCUUUACGAAGCAUACAAGACUUUUAAGCAGCCUCUUGUUGGUGAAACCAAUACAUGCAAUGAA